CAGCGGCUUUUGCGACGGCGAUGCCGUAAAGCGCGGGGUGUUGACAGCAGCCGGCGGAGCAGGAACUGGGCCCGGCGGGACGCGGAGCCAUGAGCCGAGCGAGGAGGGUCCCGGGCCGGGGCGCCGCCAUGGCCAGGCAGCGCUGUCGCCGCCCCUCAGAUGGGGCUGCUGGCGGAUCCCGGCGCGGGGGGGAGCCCGGGGGAUGCCGGCGGUGACGGGGACGCGGCGCUGGAGGCUGAGCUGAUGCUGCUGCUGGGGGGCCGGGAGGCGCCGGAGGGUGGAGACCCCUCCCCUCCCUCCCAGCGAGCUCUGGCAGCAGUCGAGACCCUGGCCCAGCUCUGCCUCCAGGACCCCCUGGAGGAGGAGGAGGAGGAAGAGGAGGAAGGGGAGGAAGAUCUGGAGAAUGAGGAGGAGCUGCUGGCAGAGCUGCAGGAGGUGCUCGAGGAGGGGCCUGGGAGCGCGGCCGUGGCGGAGACCCCACAGGCGCCUGCAGGUGGCGGGGCGCUGCUGGCGGAGCUGGCGGAGCGGGCGGAGCUCUACCGGGCGGCCCUGGAGAACGCAGCCAAGGAGAACGGCAACGGGGCCCGGCUCCGGCGCCUCCAGCGUGGCCUCAAGACCCUGGAGCAGAUGCUGGACUCCGUCCGGAGCGGGAAGCGAAUCGACGAGGCCGAGAUUCCGCCCCCGGUGGCUCUGGGGAAGGGCGGGGGGGCCCCCGGGCCGCCGCCCCCCGUGAGCCCUGAGCCCCCAGUGCAGCCUCCCACCCCUCCACAGCCGCCCCCAGCCCCGGAUCCCUGCCCGGUGCCCAGCUCGGUGCCCAGCCCGGUGCCCAGCUUGGUGCCCAGCCCGGUGCCCAGCUCGGUGCCCAGCUCAGUGCCCAGCUCGGUGCCCUGCCCGGUGCCCAGCCCGGUGCCCAGCCCGGUGCCCAGCUUGGUGCCCAGCUCGGUCCCCAGCCCGGUGCCCAGCUCGGUGCCCAGCUCGGUGCCCAGCCCGGUGCCCAGCCCGGUGCCGGCGCUCCGCCUGCGGCUGCAGGAGCUGCAGAAGGAAGCGCUGGCGGCCAAACGCCGCGGGGACACGGCCACGGCCCUCGGGCACUUCCGGGCGGCCAAGAGGCUGGAGGCGCAGCUGGAGGCGCUGGAGCGAGGCCGCGUUCUGCCAGCCCCAGAUCCACAGCCGGAGGGGCCGAAGGCUCCACUCCCGAGGGAUUCACCGGCGAGGGAUCCACUGGACACCAGCCCAGCCCCUCCCGCUGCAGAGCCACCCCGGGCGCCGCGGGACGUGCGGGAGGCGCUGGAGCAGCGCAUGGAGCGGUACCGGGCGGCCGCGGCCCAGGCCAAGGACAGCGGGGACGCCAGGAAGGCACGGAUGCACGAGAGGAUCGUCAAGCAAUACCAGGCCGCCAUCAGUGCUCACAGCGCCGGCAGAACGGUGGAUCUCUCGGAGCUGCCGGUUCCCCCGGGCUUUCCCCCCAUCCAGGGCACGGAGAUCCCGUCGGAGCCAAGCAUUUCUGGGAUGCUGGAGGCGGCCUUGAGGCUGACAGGGCCGGAGCAGGAGGAACAGGAGGAGGAGGAGGAGGAGGAAAAGGGGGACACCAAGGCGGCCAAGGUCCAGCCCAGCGCUCCUCCCGCAGCCCCUCCCAAACAGCCCCGGAAUUCCCACCCGGCUCCCAAACCUGCUGGAAAAGCCCAGCAGCAGCUGGAGUUCCUGGAGCUGCGGCGGAGGCAGCUGGCGCAGGCCGCGCUCCGGGCCAAGCGCCGCAACGACCUGGAGGGGGCCAAGCUGCUGCUGCGCCGGGCCAAAGGCGUCGAGGGGCUCAUCGGGGCCGCCCGCGGGGGGCUCCCCGUGGACAUCGCCCAGGUCCCGGAGGUGCCCCUGGACGGGGCAGAGUUCGAGCUGGGGCCAGGCAGGGGGGUCCCGAUGCCCCCCGAGGUCUCCAAGACCUUCCUGCAGCUGGCGGGGGCCCUUCGGAAGCAGCACCAGAUGUGUCUCACCUAUUCCCGACAGUUCGCUCACCUGGGGAACAUCUCAGAGACCACCAGGUGUGAGGCACUGGCCGAGGAAUGCCGGCGGCACAUGGAGACCCUGCGGAGGGAGCACAGCCGAGGGGGGCCCCCCCCAAAGCCCCGCUACGAGCAGAGGACCUUCAGUGUCAUCAAGAUGUUCCCAGAGCUGAGCAGCAGCGACCUGGAGCUGGGAAUAGAGAGAGGGAUCGGCCUCCCAGUGCCUGCAGGUGUGGCCCCUGGUGACCUGGACACCUUCGUGCGCUUCGAGUUCCCCCACCCCAGUGCGGAGGAGGCGCAGAGGGACAAGACCGCUGUGGUGAAGAACACGGAUUGUCCUGAAUUCCGGGCACGGUUCCGGCUGCGGCUGCUCCGGGGCCACCGGGGGCUGCGGAGGCUCCUGAGCUCCCGCGGGAUCAAGUUCGAGGUGACCCAGAAAGGGGGGCUGUUCCGGCCGGAGCGGGCUCUGGGCUCGGCGCAGCUGCGGCUCGAGGGGCUGGAAGGGUCCUGCGAACUCCGGGAGCAGCUGGAGCGCUUCCCAGGACAUUCCCCACCGCGGCAUCCCUCCCGUCCCCGCCGUGCCCACCGUGUCCGCCGUUCCCGGUGUCCGCAGCUGCUGGACGGGCGGCGCCGCACGGGCGGGCGCCUGGAGGUGUGGGUGCGGAUCCGGGAGCCGCUGGGCGCGCAGCGGCAGCUGGAGCCGCGCUCCGAGCGCUGGCUGGUGCUGGAGGCGGCGGCCGAGGCCACGGUCGCCGUUCCCAAACCGAGCGCGGCGGCCCCGAAGGAUGGGAACAACAGAUCCGUCCCGACACUCCCGAGCCUCAACCUGCUGCUGUUUGACCGCGAGCGGCUGGAGCGGAAGAUGGUUCCGCUGGGCCGCGCCGGGCGCCCGGUGCCCGCCGAGCUGCGGCAGCAGCACCAGGAGCUGCUCCGGCGCAUCCAGGGGCUGCGGGCGCGGCUGCAGGGGGGGGACCCCCACUUCCGCAAGGAGUACGCGGAGCACCUGGAGCGGCACCUGCGGCUCUACACGGAAGCUGCCCGGCGCCUCGGCACCCAGGGAGAGCGGGAGGCUGCCAAGGAGGCUCUGUACAAGCGGAACCUGGUGGAGAGUGAGCUCCAAAAGCUCCGUGGAUGAUUUCCCCUGCCUUGCCCUCCCCUCCCGGGGCUGGGACCACGUGGGGUUCUGGGGAGGCUCAGAGGACCCCCCCUGCUUUGGGGGGCUCUGGGGACCCCCGCCCUCCAUGCCCACUGUGACAAUCACAGGGAUCAGAGCUGC